GGUGCACCUUGGCGGCGGGGGCUGCGCGACGCCGUGUCAGUCAACUUAGUUGUGUGCUUGCUCUGUGUGCGUGUGUGUAAGUCCCCGCGGUGAGUGCGUGUAAAGUUCAACCCGCGUCUCAUCCGUGCGGCUCCAAAUGGCUGGAAUCCCUCCUCCGCGCACGCAUGCGUCCGGAGCCGCUUUUCUCGCGCUGGCGCUCGUCCUCGCGGCAACCAGCCAGGCGCAGUUUUGGACUCAGCACGGACUCUCCUACGCGCUGAGGUCCGAGUUAUCCGAAGACACGGUGCUGGUGGCCAACAACGGCGUCCGGGUGCCUUUCGGGAGGUCCGUUUUUGUGGAUCCCGUCAACGACCUGGUGAUUCAAGUUCAGCCCGGCGACAGGUGCAGCAUCACCGUUCUGGACAAUGACCCUUUGUCCCAAAGACCUGGGAGUCUAACCCCGAAAAAGUUCCCGUGCGAGUUCGGCCCCAACGAUGUGAAGUAUUCUCACUUCGGCUCCCGGAGUCCGGCCAGAGACCGAGUGAGACUGCAGCUCCGGUACGACACGCAGACCGACACUAUCGUGAUCCCGUUCAUGAUGGAAGUGGAGGUGGUUUUCACGCAGCUGGAGGUGCUCACCAAGAACAUGCCGCUCACUGUGGAGAAGCUGCUGGGGAUCAGCAACCCCAUCGACAGGCGGAUUCUGGAAUUUACCUUCGACAGACAAACGCAGCAGUGCAGGAUCACCCCCUUGCUCGGGGGUGGCGCCUUACCAAGGUACGGAAGCUUAGUAGACGAGAGCAGUUUGGCGACCGGAAUGACGGACUGCGACGACUUUCUCCGGAUGAACCUCCGCUAUCGGCACACGUUUGCUUCCAAGUCGCCGAGUCGGGAUUACGUCCCCAUGGUGGUGGAGCUGCACGACAAGGAGGGGAACCUCCUCAAGCAGGAGUUUUUCCAAAUAUUGGUGAGGAUUAAAGAAGGUGAGGAGAACACGCCACCCAAGCCCAGCUUCGUAGCAAUGAUGAUGAUGGAAGUGGACCAGUUCGUCAUGACGGCGCUAACCGCCGACAUGCUGGCCGCCGAGGACUCCGAGUCAGACUCGGACGAGCUCAUUUUUAACAUCACGUCCCCUCUCUCCUACGAGGAAGGUUACAUCGUGAGUACAGACGAUAGGAAUUUACCCAUAAGCUCCUUUUACCAAGGCGACCUCAAAGACUUUAAAAUCGCUUACAAGCCACCCGCGGUAGACUCGGACAGCGAACGGAUUUUCCAGCUGGAAUUCGAAGUGGUGGACACCGAGGGCGCCGUGUCGGACCCUUUCGCGUUUAUGAUCGUGGUCAAACCCAUGAACACUUUAGCCCCCGUGGUGACCAAAAAUACCGGUCAGUUGCUUUACGAGGGACAGUCCCGACCGCUGUCUAGCUCGCACAAUCUAGAAAUCAGCGACGAAGACAAUCUGGACAGAGUUCAAAUCUCCGUAGUCGGCGGUUUGAAGCACGGGGACUUAACCGUUUUGGACUCCGGCAGAAAGUUUUUCACGCCGGCGGACCUCAAGGCGGGCCGAGUGGUUUAUCAGCACGACGGCAGCGACACUUACAGCGACAACAUCGUUUUCCGGAUGACGGACGGCUCUCACGAGGUGGAGUUCCUGUUCCCCAUCACCGUCGUCCCCACCGACGAUGAACCGCCGAUAGUCAACGCCAACACUGGGUUGGUUCUCUUCAAGAACCAGAUGAUGCCCAUCUCCUCGCUCACCCUCAGCGCUGCCGACAUCGACUCUGAGGAUUCCACUAUUAAAUUCAUCAUCCGGCCGCCCUUUUCCACCAUCGGGCAGGUUCUCCUGCGCCAGGCUGAGGCGCCGGAGGACCCGUCGACGUGGAAGUUCAACACGGAGGAGGAAAUGUACGAGAAGGCGGUCACCGAAUGGCUGCAGCGGGACGUAACUGACGGGAAAGUGUUUUACAAGCACGUGGGACCGCACGACACCCGGACCCUCACGGAUCAGUUCAAAUUCCAGGUUCAAGAUGACAACGACCCCCCGAAUCAGUCAGAGGAGAGCUGGUUCAUCAUCAAAAUCCUCCCUGUGGACGAUCUCCCGCCCGAGCUGCACCCUGAAGCUACUCUCCAAACGACGGUGCACGAGUACCAGCUAACGCACUUGCGUAAGAAGUUCCUCCGCUACACGGAUAUCGACUCUGAGGACCGAGAUCUAAAAUACACCGUCACGCGGCCUCCGACGGACACCGACGAGAACAACCCUAUCGUCCUCGGAGCUCUUGUUCUCACCGACAACCCGAAUGUCGAAGUCGUGACUUUCACUCAGGCUCAAAUCAACCACCACAAAAUUGCUUACAAGCCCCCCGAUCUGGAGCUGGGAAUUACCACCCACAUUCUGCAGUUCAAGUACACCGUCGAGGACGUUUCCGGGAAUAGCGUCGACGGCGUUUUCACAAUUUUCCUAAAACCGGUCGACAACAAACCGCCAGAAAUUACCAACUCAGGGUUUACAGUUCUUGAACGGGGUGCGCAUACCAUUACGGGUGCAGAGUUGUACACUUCCGACUCCGACACAGACAGCAAGCUAAUAUCGUUCACGGUUUCCCGGCCUCCCCUCCACGGAAACCUCCGGUUCGGUUUCACGGACAUGACGAGAGGAGACGCGUUCAACUUAGAGGACAUCGACAACGGUCGAGUAUCUUACCUCCACAACGGAGAUGAAUCCACAGCCGACUCCGUACAAAUAGACGUCAGCGACGGAAUCCACGUAGUCCCGAUUACCGUCAAGAUUACCGUAAAACCCAUCGACGAUGAGACUCCGUCCGUAAGUCUCCCUGCGGGUACGGUCGGGUCUUCUAUCGACGUUCUAGAGAACGGGGUGACGGAAAUCACCAGUAAUGUCAUUCAGGGCCGAGACGAGGACACGGAUGAUCUUCGUUUGACUUUCAUCGUUGAAAACCCGCCAUCAUUAGGUGAAAUUCUGGUCCGAGGCAUCCCGUCCGCCGUGUUCACCCAGGCCGAUAUCAUCAACGGGCACGUUCUCUACGCCCACACCAGCGGUGAAUUAGGAUUUACCACCAAAGAAGAUAGUUUCAACUUAACUCUUACGGACAUGUCUGAUGAAUGGACGGUGGGCGGUAAUAAGAUUACCGGCGUCCGAGUCCACGUGACCGUCCUCCCGCUGGACAGCCAGCCCCCGCAGGUCUUUGUGGGGACGCAAUUCUCCGUCACGGAGGGCGAGAAAAACGCCAUCCUGACCCAUCACAUCACCGCCGAUGACAUCGACACCUUGGUGGAAGACCUCCUGUGCACUAUUAUAGUGCAGCCCACUUCGGGCUACGUGGAAAACAUCUCGCCGGCCCCCGGCUCGGAAAAAUCCAGGUCGGGCACGGCUAUCAGCGCAUUCACUAUCAAGGACAUUCAGCAGCAUCACAUUUACUACGUUCAAAGCAUCCACAUCGGAGCGGAACCAGUGGAGGACAGAUUUACGUUCCGAUGCUCCGAUGGUAUCAACUUCUCCGAAAGGUACUUUUUCCCGAUCUCCAUCAUCCCGGCUAACGACGAAAAACCCGAGAUUUACAUGCGGGAGUUUGUCGUGAUGGAAGGGAUGAACAUAGUCAUCGACACCCCGAUUUUGAACGCGGCUGACGCGGACGUUCCUUCAGACCAGCUUACUUUUAUCGUCACCAGACCACCCGCGCACGGGUUUCUCCUAAAUCAGCUUACCACUGGUACCGUUCCCGUCUUUAACUUCACCUUGGAGCAGAUCAGCGAGGCGUCCGGCAUCGUGUACGAGCACGACGACUCGGAAUCCACGCGGGACAGCUUUGACGUGCUCCUCACUGACGGAAAGUUCAGUGUACAGAAAACGGCCAUCGUGAUGAUCAUCCCCGUGGACGACGAGACGCCCAGAAUGUCCAUCAACGACGGUCUGGAAGUCGAAGUGGGUGAUGUUAAAGUCAUCGACGGCAACGUUUUAAGCGCGACCGAUCUGGACUCUGAGGACAGCGCGCUGACGUAUGUUAUUCGGCACGCGCCCGGUCAGGGUUAUUUGCAGAAAACCAUGCCAAACGGGUUACGGCAAAACAUCACGGCGGGGAUGAAUUUCACACAAGAGGAUGUGGACCGGGGUUUGAUCAUCUACGUGCACAACGGCCAAGAGGGCGUUCGCGACCUGGUCAAAUUCGACGUGACGGACGGCUUUAACCCUUUGAUCGACAGAUACUUUUACAUCACGGUGGGUGGCAUCGACAUGGUUUUCCCUCACGUGAUUAGUAAAGGCGUGUCCCUGAAAGAAGGCGGCAGGGUCACUCUGACGACCGACUUGCUCAGCACCAGCGAUCACAACAGCCCGGACGAACACUUAGUGUUUACCAUCACUCGCGCUCCGGUGCGAGGUCACCUGGAGUGCACGGACACCCCCGGAAUGCCCAUCUCGUCUUUUACUCAACUUCAGCUGGCGGGGAGUAAGAUCUACUACAUCCACACGGCCGACGACGAAGUCAAAAUGGACAGCUUCGAGUUCGAGGUGACCGACGGCUACAACCCGGUUUUCCGCACGUUCCGCAUAUCCAUCGCCGACGUGGACAACAAAAAGCCGGUGGUGACGGUGCACGGCCUGGUGGUGACGGAGGGCGAGAACAAACUCAUCACGCCUUUCGAGCUAACGGCGGAGGACAGAGACACCUCGGACCGACUCUUGAAGUUCUCCGUCACCCAAAUUCCCUUACAUGGCCGCUUGCUCUUUAACGCCACCCGACCGGUCACCUCCUUCACCAAGCAGGACCUGAACGAGAACAUGAUCAGCUACAAGCACGACGGCACGGAAAGCGCGGAGGACAGCUUCUCCUUCACGGUCACCGACGGCACCCACACGGACUUUUACGUCUUUCCCGACACCGUCUACGAGACUCGGAAGCCUCAGGUUAUGACGAUCAGCAUCCUCCCUCUGGACAACGGGGUGCCCCAGAUCGUUGUCAACAAGGGCGCCCCGACGUUACGGGUUUUGGACGGCGGCCACUUGGGCUUUGUUAUCACGAGUAAAUCCCUGAGAGUGGAAGAUCGAGACAGCACGCGGGGUUCUGUGCUCUUUCGGAUUACAACUGCACCGCAGCACGGCUACCUGAUCAACACGGGGAAAGGAAACGCUACAAUCUCCACAUUCACACAAGCGGACAUCGACGACAUGAAAGUCUGUUACAUCCUGAAGAAGGGCAACGACGCUACCAAUGACAUCUUCACCUUCUCCAUUGAAGACAACGGUGGAAACAAACUAAGGAACCAGCAGUUCCGUCUCAACUGGGCUUGGAUCUCGCUGGAGAAGAGCCAUUACGUGGUGGACGAGGAGCUCAAGUUCCUGGAAGUGGCGCUGAAACGUCGAGGUUACCUGGGGGAGACUUCCUUUGUUAGCAUCGGCACCGAGGACGGAACGGCGCUCAAGGACAAAGAUUUCCGCGGCAAAGCUCAGAAGCAGGUUCAGUUCAACCCGGGUCAGACCGCCGCCACCUGGAAGGUCCGCAUUCUGUCAGAUAGCGAGUACGAGGUGUCCGAGACCUUCCGGAUCGUUCUCUCCGAGCCCGUCAUGGCCGUCCUGGAAUCCCCGGAGACCGCCCACGUGGAGAUUGUGGACCCCGGUGACGAGUCGACCGUCUUCAUCCCGGCGGCCGCGUACAGCGUGGAGGAGGACGUCGGCGAGCUGACGGUCCCGGUGAGGCGCAGCGGCGAUGUCGGACAGGAGCUCAUGGUGGUCUGCUUCACGCAGCAAGCGUCAGCCACGGGCACGGUGCCCACCACCGUGCUGUCCUACUCGGACUACAUCUCACGGCCGGACGACCACCGCAGCGUGCUACGUUUCGACAAGGGCGAAGUGGAAAAGCCUUGCCGCGUGGUCGUCAUCGACGACUCCCUGUACGAGCCCGAGGAGAGCUUCAACGUCACCCUCGGCGCCCCCAUGGGGGGCCGCCUGGGCGCCCGUUUCCCCAGCGCCAGGAUCACCAUCGUGCCUGACGCGGAUGACGCUCCCGUCUUCUACUUCGGCAACACCAACUAUCACGUGGAUGAGAGCGACGGCUUCGUGGAAGUGCAGGUGUGGAGGACGGGAAGCGACCUGUCCAAAGCCGGGACCGUGACGGUGCGCUCCCGGAAGACGGAUCCGGUCUCAGCGGAGGCUGGAACGGAUUACGUGGGGAUCAGCCGGAAUCUGGACUUUGCGCCGGGCGUCACCAUGCAGACGUUGCGUGUCACCAUCCUGGACGACCUGGGCCAGCCCGUGCUGGAAGGUCCCGAGAGGUUCCAGCUGAUUCUGCAGAUGCCUGUCAACGGCCUCCUCGGGGAGCCCGGCAAGGCCGGCGUCCUCAUUAACGACUCCUUGUCCGACCUGCCCACGGUGCAGUUCCGAGAUGCCGUUUACACGGGCGAGGAGAAAUCCGGACGCGUUACGGCCACCGUGUACCGCAGCGGAGAUAUCGGACACAAGUCUACGGUGCGAUGCUACAGCAGACAAGGGACGGCGCAGGUUAUGAUGGACUUCGUCGAAAGGCCCAACACGGACGCCUCGGUGAUCACUUUCCUGCCAGGCGAGGUCGAGAAACCUUGCAUCCUCGAAUUGGUGGACGACACGGAGCACGAAGAAGAGGAGGAACUGCGUCUGGUUCUGGGAAGCCCAAAAAGCGACUCUCCCUUCGGCGCCUCCGUCGGACAGCGGAAGGAAACGCUCGUUAGGAUAAAAGACGACGCCGACAAGUCCGUCAUCAAGUUCGGCGAGACCAAGUUCAGCGUGAACGAGCCCAAGGAACGAGGCCGAGUCUCCGUGGUGAGAAUCCCCGUGCUACGCGUGGGCGACUCCUCAAAAGUGUCCGUCGUCAGAGUCCACACCAAAGACGGAUCGGCCACUUCGGGAGAGGACUACCAUCCCGUAUCUGAAGAGCUGGUGUUUAAAGAAGGUGACACGCAGCACCACGUGGAGGUGGAGGUUUUAUACGAUGGCGUCAGAGAGAUGAGGGAGGCCUUCACCGUGCAUUUGAAACCUGAUGAGAACAUGGUGGCAGAGACGCAGGUGAGCAAAGCCAUCAUCUACAUCGAGGAGAGCAACAGCAUGGCCGACGUGACCUUCCCGUCGGUGCCCAGGGUGCUUUCUCUGCUCCGUUACGACGACGCCGACGAGAACGCCGAUUGGCUACCCGUGGCCGGCUACCCGCUCGUUUGUGUCACCGCGUGUAACCUCAAAUACCCGGACUACCACAAAACGGGCUCCAUCUGCGUCAGCGAGAACAUCAACGACACCCUGACGCGCUACCGCUGGCUCGUCGGCGCCCCCAAGGGCCCGGACGGCGUCACCGGACCCAUGCGAGAAGUGGACUUUGACACCUUCUUCACCUCGUCCAAGCUCAUCACGCUGGACUCGGUGUACUUCCGAGCCGGAUCUAGGGUGCAGUGCGCCGCCAGGGCCGUCAACUCGGACGGCGACCAGGGGCUGGAGCUUAGCAGCUCCGUGGUGACAAUCAGCACGGACGAGGGCAUGUGCCAACCACGCGUGAUGGGCACAGUGGGAGCCGAGCCCUUCUCCGCCAAGCUGCGCUACACUGGAGCCGAGGACCCCGACCAUCCCAAUCUUAUUAAAUUGACUGUCACUAUGCCUCACAUUGACGGUAUGCUACCUGUCGUGUCCACUCGUCCCUUAUCCAACUUUGAGCUGACCCUCAGCCCGGACGGCACCCGCGUGGGAAACCACCGUUGCUCCAACCUGCUGGACCACUCGGAAGUUACGACGCACCACGGCUUCCUGACCGACGCCACCAAGAACCCGCGGGUGAUCGGCGAGACGGCGCCCUACCAGUACAGCGCCGAGCUGAGGGGCGCCGGUACGCUGCGCUUCUACCGCAACCUCAACCUGGAGGCCUGCUUGUGGGAGUUCACCAACUAUUACGACAUGUCCGAGCUGCUCGGAGACUGCGGAGGGACUGUCGGGACGGAUGGACAGGUACUCAACCUGGUCCAGUCCUACGUGACGCUGCGGGUUCCACUCCACGUGUCCUACGUGUUCCACUCGCCGGCAGGUGCCGGCGGCUGGCAGCAUUUCGACCUGCAGUCUGAGCUGAGGCUGACUUUCGUGUACGACACCGCCAUCUUGUGGAGGGACGGCAUCGGCAGCCCGCCGGAAGCGGAGCUUCAAGGCGCGCUCUACCCGACCAGCAUGCGGAUUAACGAGCAGGGACGCCUGGUGGUCAACUUUCGUACUGAAGCUCGGUUUCGAGGACUCUUUGUCGUCAGGCAUCCUGCUUCCGCGCUCAGCUCCAUGGUGAUGUGCGAGGACCACCCCGCUUUGACCUUCAACCUCAGCCUGGUGCGCAGCGAGCCCACCUACAACCAGCCGGUCCAGCAGUGGACCUUCACCUCGGAUUUCGCCGUGCGCGACUACUCGGGCUCGUACGCCGUCAAGCUGCUGCCGUGCACCACGCCGCCCAGCCUGGAGUACGCCGUCCCGCCCGUGUGCAACCCGAGAGAACCCGUCGGGUUCGAUUUGGACAUCCGCUUUCAGCAGGUGAGCGACCCGGUAGCAGCGGAGUUCAGUCUAAACACGGAGAUGAUCCUGCUCUCCAAGAAGUCCCUGUGGCUCUCCGACGCGUCCGCCGGCUUCGGCCAGAGCGGUGACACGGCCUUCUCCCAAGGCGACACCAUCUACGGGCGCGUGAUGGUAGACCCGGUGCAGAACCUGGGCGACUCCUUCGUCUGCAACAUCGAGAAAGUCUUCCUCUGCACGGGCGCCGACGGUUACGUGCCCAAGUACGACCCGCGUCGCUCGGAGUUCGGCUGCCUGGCGGACGCGCCCUCGCUGCUCUACCGAUUCAAAAUCAUCGACAAAGCCCAGCCCGAGACUCAAGCUAGCUCCUUUGGAAGCGUGGCCUUCGGAGCCUUACUGGCCGCGGACGACCCCGCCGCUUUGCCGCUGGUCAGGCAGCCCGGAACCGAUGGAUUCGCCAUGCGAUCCGCUGCGCUAUUCCAGGUAUCAGCGGGUCGUGAGUGGUACAUCCACGCCAUCUACACGGUACGCUCCCGCGACAACGCCAACCGGGGUAUCGGCAAGCGGAGCCUAGAGUACCACGCGCUCAGCCGCCACCGAAGGGCCGCCGAAGUCGAGGCCAUCGGCGCUGACAGCGACCGCGGCACCAACAUCCUCCACGUGGCGCUGGACCGACGCACCCCCCGUGACCUCCGCGGGGAGCCCCCACUCCCCGAGGGGGCGGUUCCGCGCCAGCCGGGCCACGCCGAGGACGGUGACGACGAACCGGUGCUCAUCGUGGGCGCGGCGGUCGGGACGCUGCUCGCCGCGCUGGCCGUCGUAGUUCUGGCGGUGCUGGUGCGAUACAAGCGGGACGCCAAGGAGCCGUCGGACGGCGCCCGGUCAGCGGCGAAGGCGGGACUUGGCGACAGUUCCGAGGUGUGAACGAGAAGUAGGUGGAGUUUUAGGGGCACACUGAAAAGUAAGACUGAUCUUAUCAGGUUGUUUUAAGUAGAAAAAGAUAUUAUUCAUCUUUGAAAAAAGGGACACAUUUUUCAUUGAAAAUCACAUUUAAAGUACUUUUUACCCACAGUUUAGUAAUAUGUAUGCACACAUAAUUAAAUUGUACCCGCAGAUUACCAAAAUGUAACCACAAACUACUACACUGUGGUUUUAUCCAUAGUUUCUGUGAAUAGCAAUCUGUAACCACAGAUUAUUAAACUGGACUGUACUAAACUGUGGGUACAGUUCAGCAAUCUGUACCCACAGUUUAGUCAUCUGUACCCACAGAUCACUAACCUGUGCCCACAGAUGACUAAAAGGUACCCACAGUUUAAUCCAUUACAUUUGGUAAUCUGUACCCAUGGUAUAGUACAAUACAGUGUAGUCAUUUGUGGGUACAGUUCAGUAAUCUGUCCGUACAAAUUAAUAAACUGUACUCACAAAUAACUAUUCUGUACUCACUCUACUGUACUGUUGGUAUGGUUUAGCAAUAUGUGAGUACAGAUUACUAAAUUGUACUGUACUAAACUGUGGGUACAGAUUACUAAGAAGUACCACAGUACAGUACAGUUUAGUAAUCUGUACCCACAGUUUUGUACAGUACAGUUUAGUAAUCUGUACCCACAGUUUAGUGAUUUGUGGCUAUAGUUCAGUAAUCUGUUGGUACACAUUACUAAACUGUGGGUACAGAUUACUAAACUGUACUCACAGUUUUGUACAAUGGAGUUAAGUAAUAUGUGGGUACAGUUUAGUAAUCUUUGAGUUCAGAAUAGUAAUAUGUGAGUACAGUUUAAUAAACUGUACGCACAGGUUACUGAACUGUCCUCACGAAUUACUAAAAUGUAUUGUACUACUUUAUGGGUACAGAUAACUAAAUGUACUGGAUUAAACUGGGUACAGUUUAGUCAUCUGUGGGUACAAUUUAAAUCUGUACACACAGAUUACUAAAUUGUGCCCACAUUUUAAUAAACUACUGUACAAAACUCUGAGUGCAAUUAAGUAAUCUGUGGGUACAGUUUAGUAAUCUGUGUGUACAGAUUUACUAAAUUGUGCACACAUAUUACUAAACUCUACUGUACGAAACUGUGGGUACAGUUUAGUAAUCUGUGUGUACAGAUGACAGAACUCUGGGUGCCAUUAAGUAAUCUCUGGGUACAGUUUAGUAAUCUGUGUGUACAGAUUUACCAAAUUGUACACACAGAUUACUAAACUCUACUGUACGAAACUGUGGGUACAGUUUUGUGAUCUGUGGGUACAGAUUACUAAAUUGAGGGUACAUUUAGGUCAUCUCUGGUUACAGUUAGUAAUCUGUGUGUACAGAUUUACCAAAAUAUUACACACGGAUUACUAAACUGUACUGUACGAAUCUAUGGGUACAGUUUAGUAAUCUGUACUGUGGUACGUUUUAGUAAUCUUUACCCACGGUUUAGUACAGUACAAUUUAGUAAUCUGUACCCACAGUUUAGUCAUUUGUGGGUACCGUUCAGUAAUAUGUUAGUACAGAUAGCUAAACUGUACUCACAGAUUACUAAACUGUACCCAGAGAUUACCUAAUUGUACCCCCAGUUUAGUAAUCUGUACCCACAGAUUACAAAACUGUACCCACAGUUUCGCACAGUAGAGUUUAAUAAUCUGUGUGUAAAAUUGAGUAAAUCUGUACAAACAGCAGUGUUGUGGCAAACUUGGAAAAGUCGAUGCGGACCAAAGUGCGACCAGGAAACGGAAGUGGAGUGAAGGGUUUUUAUUGAACAAUGGCUAUGGCUGCGGCUGUGGCUGCGAGGGCUUGGAGGGUGGGUGCCCUGAUGGCAAAAAACGAGAUUAGUCAAGAGUUCAAUGAAUGAUCGUCAAAAACUACAGGCUAGUUGGCCGAUGUACCAAUGGUCACUGACGGAAUCAUCUGGCACCUGCUUGCUGCCCAGGCAGCGCCUUAUAAGCAGUGUUGAUUGCGAUGAGCUGCAGGUGCUCUCCCAGGUCUGCCACACCCAGCCUGCCAAGGUUGAACUCAUGCCAUAUAACAGGAAGUGUAACAACAAUAAAAGCCAGUAGAGGGGAGUGUGGGCUAGGACCACCACAUACAGUUCAGUAAUCUGUUGGUACACAUUACUAAAUUGUGGGUACACUUUAGUAAUCCGUGGGUACAUAUAACUAAACUGUGGGUACAAUUAAGUAAUAUGUGGGUACACUUUAGCAAUCUGCGUACAGAUUUACUAAAUUGUACACACAGAAAACUAAACUGCUAUCUGUUUAGUACAGUUUAGUAAUUUGUGUGUACAGAUUUACUAAAUUUUACACACAGAUAACUAAAUUGUGGUUACUGAUUACUAAACUAUACACACAGUUUAGUGCAGUAGAGAUGAGUAAUAUGUGGGUACAGUUUAGUUCAAUGCAGUUUAGUCAUUUGUAGGUACAGUUCGGUCACCUGCUGGUAAAGUAAUCUCUGGGUACAUAUUACUCACAUAUUACUGGUAAUCUGUGGGUACAGGUUACUAAACCUUAGGUACAAUUAAGUAAUUUUUGGGUGUAGAUUUGCUAAACUGUACACACACAUUACUGAACUGUGGGCACGGAUUGCUAAACUGUACUCACAUAUUACUAAUUUGUACUCACAGAUGACUAAACCCUACCCACAGAUGACUUUACUGUAUUAAACUGUACCCACAGUUUAGUACAGUAAUCUGUGUGUACAGUUUAGUAAUAUAUGAGUACAGUUUGGUAAUCUGUACCCACAGUUUAGCAAUAUGUACCCAAUUAAAAAUAACAAAUAAACCUAAUUCAUGCAUAAAACGCUUUAUAUUUGGUUUUCCUCGUCAGUGUGUCCCUAUUCCACCUGUCGGUUUUUGCAAGUGCCUCACAUUUGAUGAAAAAAAAAAAAAAAAAAAAACACUUUUUGAGCGUCAAGAGCUUUUUCUUCUGAAAUCUACUUGAAAGGCGCUCACCGUCGUCCCGAGACGCCGCGUCCAAUCUCUUUCCAAGUUGUCGUGUGUCUUUGUCCCGCUUCCUUCGUUUCCUACUGUGCGCUCUUCUUAUUCUUCUUGUUGUUUGACCUGCUGCAUUUCUUGAAUGUUUUUUUUUUUCAUUUGAUCAAACACCUCAUGCUUUUGUGCAUGUCUUGUGUUUUUGUUUUUUACUCUAAAAUGUUAAACUGCUGAAGGCAAAAGUUGAGCCGUCGACCGAGAUAAGAUCUGAACCCAAAAGAGUAGCCGGUCAAACAUUUGGACGCUCAUUUCCGUUCAUUUAUUUAUUGUUUACUCCUUAUCGGUGCAUCUUUCCACUAAAAAUGUAUGGAAGCGUAUUACUGCCCCCCCAAAAAUGUCCAGUAUCAUAUGUUUUUAUAUGCUCCUUAUCACAUUUUUACAUUAUAGUUAUAAUAAAUAAUUUAUACAAAUGUAAUCAAGUUUAAUGUGAUAGUUAUCACAUAAGAACAUGGUAUAAUAUAAAAAUGUGAUAAUUACCAUGUAAAAAUGGGAUGAUUAUCAUGUAAAAGCGUGACAUGUAAAAUGUGAUACCUUUCACGUAAAAACGUGAUAAUUAUCAUGUAACAUUUAUUAAUGCACAAAAUGUGAAAAUUAUCAUGUCAUCAUAUCAAACUAGCAAGUAAAAAUGUUAUAACUAUGACAUAACAACAUGAUAAUUAUAACAAAAACGUAAUAUGUAAAAAAAAAUCAUACCUAGUUUGUAAAAACAUGAUAAUUAUCAUGUAAAAAUGUGCUAUAAUAUAAAAAUGUAGUAAUUACCAUGUAAAAACGGGAUGAUUAUCAUAUAAAAACGGGAUGAUUAUCAUGUGAAAGCUUGAUAUGGAAAAUGUCAUACCUUUUGCAUAAAAACAUGAUAAUCAUCAUGCAACAACUUGAUAAUUUUCAUGCAAAAAUGUGAUAUGUUAAAACGUAAUAAUUAUGUAACAACAUGACAACUAUUACGCAAAGUGUGAAUAAUUAUCACGUAAAAACAUAACUCAUGUAAAAACUGGGUAACUAUCACAUAAAAACAUGAUAACUAUCAUGUAAGAACAGGAUAUGCAAAACGCAGUACUAUCAUGUAACACCUGACAAAUAUGUAAAAACGUAAUACAAAAACUAGAGAGUGAAAAUGUUAUAACUAUCACAUGAUAGCUAGUUUGGAGAAAAAAGUGAUACAUGUAAAAACGUGAUAAUUGUCACGUAAAAACAUGGUAUUUAUAAAAAUGUGAUGAUUACCAUGUAAAAACGGGAUGAUUAUUAUAUAAAAGCGUGACAUGUAAAAUGUGGUCUUUCAUGUAAAAUGUGAUAAUUAUCAUGUAACAACGUUUAUUAUGCAAAAAAAUUGAAAAUUAUUACGUUAAAACGUGAUAAUUAUAAUGUAACAACGUGACUAUUACGCAAAAAUGUGAUAAUUAUCAAGUGGAAAAUCAAUUAUCACUCUUCAACUCAUAUAAAAAUGGGGUAACUAUCACAUAAAAACAUAAUUACAUGUAAGAAUGCAAAACCGCAGUGCUAUCAUGUAAAACCUCACAAUUAUGUAAAAACAUGAUACCAUCAUGUAAAAACUACCAAGUAAAAAUGUUAUAACUACGACAUAAAAACGUGAUAAUUAUAACAAAAAUGUAAUAUGUAAAAAAAAAAAAAUGAUACCUGGUUUGUAAAAACGUGAUAAUUAUCACGUGAAAAUGUGAUAUGAUAUAAAAAUGUGAUAAUUACCUUGUAAAAACGGGAUGAUCAUCAUAAAAACGGGAUGAUUAUCAUGUAAAAGCGUGAUAUGGAAACUGUCAUACCUUUCGCGUAAAAUGUCAUACCCUUCGAGUAAAAAUGUGAUAAUCAUCAUGUAACGUGAUAAUUUUCAUGCAAAAAUGUGAUAAUUAUGUUAAAAAAAUUAUAAUUAUCAUGCAACAACAUGACAAUUAUUGCGCAAAACUGUGAUAAUUAUCGUGUAAGAACGUGAUAUCAUGCAAAUACGCAGGACUAUCAUGUAAAACCUGACAAACAUGUCGAAAAACGUGAUACAGUCAUGUAAAAACUAGCGAGAACAAAUAUCCUAUCAUAUAAAAACGUGAUAAUUAUUUCAAAAACGCGAUAUCAUGUAAAAACAUGAUAACUAGUUUGUAAAAACAUGAUACUUUUUAAAAAACAUGAUAAUUAUCAUGUAAAAACGGGAUAGUUAUGUUAAAACGUGAUAUGCAAAAUGUGAUAAUUUCAUGUAAACACGUGAUAAUUAUUUUAAAACAGGAUAUGUAAAACGUGAUACCUUUCAUGUGGAAGCGUGAUAAUUAUGAUAUAACAACCAAAUAAUUAUCACGCAAAAUUGCUUGAUAAGCAUCUCUUUGUGUGGCUUGAAAAGCGCUCCAGAAAUAAAAUGUAUUAUUAUUAUAAGUAAAAUUGUGAUAGUUAUCACGUAAAAACAGGAUAUCAUCUAAAAAUGUGACAAUUAUCAUGUAAAAAUGUGAUACUGUCAUGUAAAAAUGUGAAAAUUAUCACGUAAAAACGUUAUUAUAAUGUAAAAAUGUGAUAAUUAACAUGUAAAAACGGGAUGAAUAUCAUGACAUGUAAAACGAGAUACCCUUCACGAAAAAAAAACAUGAUAAUGAUCAUGUAACAACGUGAUAACGAUCACGCAAACAUUUGAUCAUUAUCUCAUAAAAACGGGAUAAUCACAUUUUUAUAUUAUGAAAAUAUGAUAUGUAAAAACACGGUACUAUCAUGUAAACAUGACAAUUUUGUAAAAACGUGAUAAUUAUCAUGUCAAAACGUGAUACUGUCAUGUAAAAACUAGCGAGUAAAAACACAUUAAAACGUGAAAACAAACAGUUUGUAAAAACAUGAUAGUCAUUCGCCACUUGCAGUCAAAAUGGAUUGACAUCUAUCAUAAUGUCACUGAAACACGAUCUUACACGUAGCGAUCACAACAACCUUUAAACUUGAUUAAAUGUUUCACCGCCUGUUCCAUCUGUUGUUUAUGAUUCAUAAAUAUUGCGUAUUAUUAUGGAUUACCUCAUUCUGCUGCGUGGAAGUAACUUUGGUAACUUUUUUCUUUUGAUUAUAUUCAACGGUCCGGGGCUUUUAUUUUGAGGGAAAAAUGACAUCUAUGCAAUUUGUAAUAUUCAACGUGUUUUUUGAGUUUUUCGAUGCUUGUUAAUCAUCACCAUUCACGCGUUGUAUUGUGUGUUUUUUUCAUGCUUGGACUCUUAUGCACAUGCAUGUACAGUAUGGAUGUAUAUACGGCUAUACAGUACUUAUAAGAAUAUACCGUUUGGAUGUUUUGGGAAUGGUUGUUCAAAAAAAUAAAAAAAUAAAAAUGAAAACAAACUAAAGCAAAUACAUACUGUACGUGCUGGAAGUAUUUGUAACAUUAGACCGAGGGUCUGCAAAUAAAUAA